AUGGGCUAUAUAUUCUACAAUGGUCUUUGCCGCUGCUUCAUCUUAAUCAGUGCAUUUGGCCUCUCAUUCUUCACUCACUGGCCAUAUCUUCUAACUGGUCAGAAGGGCUUUGUAACUAUGGCUCUCUCUUGCUGGAUAUUCAUCUUCUACAUCGUCAAAAUGGGGAAGAAAUUUGCUCUGCAACAGUUCUGGUAUAAGGCCUCCAAGGCAGAGACUCUCUAUCUCUAUGCACUUUGUCUAUACAGGCGUUAUCAGAGAUCAGAGAAGCAGAACAGCAUCUCAAUAUCGUCUCUUCAUCUGCCAAACCAAAUAGCUUAUCAUCUGACCUUUAGUUGUCCAAGGAAGUCGAUUUAUUUUCCUUAUCUGAUAGCUUCCCUCUCUGACAACUUAGCAACCCCACAGCUCAACCACUGUUCCAGCUCGUCACCAAGCUUAAAACAGCUGCUGCUCGUGGCUCAUUCUGGAUCCUCUCAGCUCAACAUGGCUGCUGCUCAUGGCUUGCAUUGGUUCCUCAGCUGUCUCUCUCAGCUCAUAUCUUUCUUGAGGAAGCUGUUACUAUCACCUCAUUUAAAUCAUCUCGGCUGGAGCUAA